AUGCAGUACAGAUUAGCUUGCACCACAACAAGGUUUAAUCAACUGUUGUUGGAACAAUUUCGGCCAAGAAGGCUUGCCUCUACCUUUGUCUCACCCUUUCGUAGUACAGGUACUGCACACCCCACCAACACGCACCAAGCACACUGGAAUUCCACCGGUGCAACUACAACGCCAGUCGAAGAUAUAAGUUGCGCAGGUUUGGACGGCACGCCAUGGCCAGAGGACAUAAGGAAACAAGAAGAAGACGAUAAAGAAUAUUUCAAGCACCAUAAGGCGUCGCCUUUGUCUGCGGUGGAGGUUGUCGAUACCAGGAAGCCGAUUACAAGGGCUACUGAUGGAACUGUGGAAAGCUAUGGGAUUGGGGAAGCUGGAGGAGGUGUGAUUCGAUGGAGGCCGGAGCAGCUUGAUACGGCUGAGGAGGCGCUUAGGAGAGCUGUUGGGAUAUGGAGACAGAACGUAAUGAGGGGUGAUCCCGAUUCUCCACACGGCAGAGUUCUGAGAUUGCUUCGUGUGUCCGAAUGCAUCUCUCGGUAUGGUCCACGAACCCACGAUCCUAUUCGCACCCGUAGAAAGCAGCAGCCGUUGGAUGAUUUAACGCCAACUGACAAGGACGGUCACAUCUGGACCCACGUGUGA